GACCCAACGCGAGGGAAAAGACUCGAAAAAAGAGAGAGAGAGAGAAAUUAAGAGUGUAGGGAGAGUGAGGGCGAUGGAGAUUAAUGGCUCGAAUUCAUCACCUCGCUGGAAUUCCGAGAGGCCUUUCCUCACCGGCCGCUUCCAUCAGGAAACCAAAACCAAGGACUGCAGUGACGCCAUUGGGUGCUAUAAUUCAGCCGUUCAGGAGCUGGUGGUGAUCGAUGACCUCUUGUCUGCCAUGGUUGGUAUCCAAGGCCGCUACAUUUCCCGCGCUAGGGUCUCUGAUUUCACCUUUCAACUUGAUGCUUCCAUGGAUCUAGCUCUUCAGGAAUUGGCCAAACGGGUGUUUCCUCUCUGCCAGAGCUUCAUGCUCAUCAAUCACUUUGUUGAGUCCAGAUCUCAGUUCAACAACGGCUUAGUUAAUCAUGCCUUUGCUGCUGCACUCAGGGCUCUCCUCUUAGAUUACCAGGCUAUGGUGGCUCAGCUUGAACACCAAUUUCGACUUGGAAGACUCUCCUUGCAAGGCUUGUGGUACUACUGUCAGCCUAUGAUGGGAUCUAUGCAGGCACUAUCCACUGUAAUACAGAAAGCUUCAGCUAAUAAUUUUGCAGGUUCUGCAGUUCUCAACCUUGUGCAGAGUCAGGCUAAGGCCAUGGCUGGUGAUACUGCUGUGAGGUUAUUGCUAGAAAAGAUGGCUGAUUGCGCUAGCAAUGCCUACCUGGGUAUAUUAGAGAGGUGGGUCUAUGAAGGAGUCAUUGAUGAUCCUUACAAUGAAUUUUUCAUUGCUGAGAACAAAUCUCUUCAGAAGGAAAGCCUCACUCAAGAUUAUGAUGCCAAGUAUUGGAGGCAGCGUUACAGCCUUAAGGAUGGAAUUCCAAGCUUUCUUGCAAAUAUUGCUGGGACAAUUUUGAUCACCGGAAAAUAUUUAAAUGUCAUGAGAGAAUGUGGGCACCAUGUUCAGGUCCCUGUAUCUGAAAACUCGAAAUUGAUGAGCUUCGGAUCAAAUCAUCGGUAUAUUGAGUGUAUAAAAUCAGCUUAUGACUUUGCCAGCAGUGAGCUUUUAAAUCUUAUCAAAGAAAAGUAUGAUCUGAUGGGAAAGCUACGAUCUAUAAAGCACUAUCUUCUUCUUGAUCAGGGUGACUUUUUAGUUCAUUUCAUGGAUAUUGCUCGGGAUGAGCUUUUGAAAAAGCUUGAUGACAUUUCUGUAGAAAAACUGCAAUCUCUACUAGACCUUGCUUUGCGAACCACAGCAGCUGCAGCAGAUCCCUGCCAUGAGGACUUAACAUGUUGUGUGGAAACAUCUUCUUUGCUUAGAAGACUAGGGGCACUCAAACUCAAAGAUCAUGAACAGAGCAGGAAUGUUCUUGAUGAUAAUGAUCUAGAGGAACCACUGAGCUUAACUGGACUGGAGACAUUUUCUUUGAAUUAUAAGGUUAGGUGGCCAUUGUCUAUAGUGAUCUCUAAGAAAGCCCUAACAAAGUAUCAGUUGAUUUUCCGGUUUCUUUUCCACUGUAAGCAUGUAGAACGCCAACUUUGUGGUGCAUGGCAAGUGCAUCAGGGAGUUCGUGCCCUGAACAUGCGUGGAUUCGCCAUCCGCAGAUCAUCUCUCCUCUGUCGGAGUAUGCUUAAAUUUAUUAACAGCCUUCUACAUUAUCUAACAUUUGAGGUUCUUGAACCCAAUUGGCAUGUGAUGCAUAGCAAGCUUCAGACUGCAAAGAGCAUAGAUGAGGUCAUCCAACACCAUGACUUCUUCCUUGACAAGUGCUUGAGAGGAUGUUUGCUUCUUUUGCCUGAAUUUCUAAAGAAAGUGGAGAGGCUGAAAGCUCUCUGCCUACAAUAUGCUUCAGCUGCACAGUGGUUGAUAAGUUCUCUUCUGUCAGAGAAACCUAAGCAGUCGAAAUCACGGAGCCGAUGUCAGACACUAUCAAUAAGCUCCAGCAAUACCAAUUUUACUGAUGCUAUUCUCAAAUUCGAGAGGGAGUUCAAUGCGGAGCUUCAGAGCCUAGCACCAAUACUGAGCAGCAGUUCCCAAGCAGAACCAUAUUUGACUCAUCUUGCACAGUGGAUUUUGGGCAUCGGAAGUGAACAAUAAUUCUGGAGUCAGUUGCAUCACUUUGUGUUUUUUUUUUGUCCUGAUUGAUUACUCGGGUGAAUUCCUCCUAUAGCUACUUGGACAAUUUGGUACCUGAUGUUUGAA